AUGCCUGAUUUUAAUAAUAAUAAGAGAUUCAUAUUGACAGGUGGUGUGAGUAAACAGACUGCUGUAUUGGAAGUCGGAGUUGGACGUGCGCUUUAUUUGUACGACAGAACUUCCAUAAGCGGCCCCGCCUCAGCUACAAAACCGCUGUCAAUCGUUACUGCUCGCUUGUCGUUUCAAACAGAAAUGACGUCUUUCUACGACGAAGUAGAAAUCGAGGAUUUUGAGUUUGACGAAGAAACUCAAACAUACCAUUAUCCUUGUCCUUGUGGAGAUCGCUUUGAAAUCACUUUGGAUGAACUAGCAGAUGGAGAAGAUAUAGCUCGAUGUCCGAGUUGUUCUUUGAUGCUCCGUGUAAUUUAUGACCCGGUAAGAAGACAAAAACUUGCAAUGCUAGGGCUAUUGUAUAGGUUGAAUAUUGUUGUAGUCUACUCAACUGACGUAACGUGUGUUGCUACGCAGGAGGACUUCCAAGAAGGCGGCGGCUCAAGCGUUGAUCUACCCAUGCAGCCGAUUGCUGUAUAA